AUGGCGCUCGAGGACGCCGCGCGAGAGGCGCGGGCGGCGUACGAGGUCGCGCGACGCACCGGCGCGAGCCGUGGACGCGGGAGCGUCGACGCGUCGGCGUGGGAGAAGCGAGAGGCGCAGAAGAGAGCGGUCGUCGACGCGUUCGUACGACGGUCGGUGGAUGACGAUUCGUUUUGGCGCGCCGUGGACGACGCGAUGGGCGACGACGCGGGGUGUGGGUUCGCGCACGCGGUGCUCGGGGGGUACGCGCGGUCGAUGGCGUCGAACGACGUCGUGGACGGAGAGAUGAAGGUUGACGAUGAGACGCGGGCGCGGGACGACUCGGCGUUCGUGGAGCGGGCGAUGCGGGCGAUGACGACGGGCGCGGACGCGAUGGAGGCUGAUGGGGAUGGUACAGAGGAUGAUGUCGAUGCGGCGCAUCCGUGUGAGGUGGCGCAGACGUGUCGGUACGCGUCGGAGGCGUGGUGUCGCGGACGCGCGAAAGCGGUGGACGGCCGAACGUUGGCGCUCGCGCUCGGAAGAGCGCGCGCGCGAGCGUUAGGGGAGGGAGGCAGGUCGCCGUCGAUGACGCCGCAAGAUGCCGCGUUCUUGCGCGUGUGCGUCGAGGCGAAGGCGUACGACGUGGCGGUGGAGAGCGGGAUUUUGACUACACGCGUUUCGGAAGCGUCGGAUCCGGCGUCGACGGGCUUGGUCGCGGACGAUUACAUCGCGCGAUGCUACUACGGUGGGUGCGCGCUUUUGGCGCUGCAACGGUACGAUGACGCCGUGUGUUGGUUGCGCGACGCCGUGGUGGCGCCCGCCUGGCAAGAUUUGAGCGCGAUCGCUUCGGCGGGGUACAAAAAGUACAUCUUGGCUUCGCUGCUUUCGCGCUCGUCGGACCGGACGCGAGCAGCUAUUCCGAGCUCCGUGUCGGGGCCAGUGCGACGAUUCGCGAUGUCGCGUCAUGUUGAGUCAUACGACGCGCUCGUAAGCGUGAUGUCCCUGACAUCAUUGGAGAAACUGAACGAGACAAUCGAGAAGUACCAGACGGCGUAUGAGGAGGACGGCAAUGCAGGAUUGGUAGACCUCUUACGCGAACGUGUGCAAAUCGACCGCGUGCGAGCGGUCGCGAAGACGUACUCGAAACUUAGCCUGAGUGAAUUCGCGAGACUGCUGGACUUGACGGACGCCGCGCACGCUGAGACGAUGUUGCACGGCAUGGUGAGUCGCGGCGAGGUUGACGCCAGCGUGGACGGCACUCUCGGCGUCGUGCGCUUCGCAGAGGGUUGGGAGAAGCCAAAAUCGAAAGGGAUAGCUACUGAACUCACGACGCGUCUCCGCGCGAUUGCCGAUUUGACAGCGAAAAUUCGGGACCAGGAGGCAGAAAUCACGAGGAGUCGAGUUUACGUGCAGCGAAAGGAGAGUCGAAGCCAACUGGCAGAGGUGCGCGCGGCUGAGACUGUCGGAGAAUGA